AUGUAUUCUAAUUCUCAGUAAUAGCUAACAUCUGGUCCGGUGGAAGGCAAGGUGUGUUGUGGAGCAAAGUAGGGCCAUACAAAAUAUUCGCCGCAGACCUGCAAAAUCUGGCCCCCGGAAGGGAGGUUGAGAGUGAGGUUGUGAAUGCAUUCAUCCAUGCCACCAUUGUGAGGAGUCAAGAGGAGUCUGGAAAACAACUAUAUCUUGUUGACUCCUUUCAAAUGACUGCAAUGUGGAAAGGAUCAUUCAGGGGAUUAAACAAGCUUGACCCAAUGGCCUAUGAUGUCCUAAUAGGCCUGGUCUGUGACAAUCGGCACUGGACACUUGUGGUCAUUUAUCCAAAGGAGAAGCGUUCAAUUUACAUCGACCCCUUUGGUGAAACUCCUGCCCACAUAACAAAAUGCAAGGAUAUGACGAGAGCAUUCAUGAGACACAAGUGCCUCCACAUCUCACGUUGGACUUGUGGUCAAAUAAGCCAUUCCUGUCAGCAAGACUCAACAUCAUGUGGGGCAUUUGUCUUCAAGUUUGCAGAGCUUAUCAUAACUGGUGGCAAGCUAGAUUUCCAUACGGAUGAGGCUGCUAUCAUUCAGUUGAGGAGGGAAAUAGCUUGUAGACUGGUCACUGAUUCAGAAAAUGUGUCAGACCUGUGCAGAACAUGUGGCAAUGAAUGCCAAAGUCCAGGCAGAAACAAAGAUGAGCAUGAUGACUGGAUCCAGUGUUCCAUAUGCAGUCUAUGGUUCCACUGGAUUUGUGUUGGGAGGCCACCAUUGGAGCAUGACUUUUCCUGUCCAGCAUGCACACUCUAACAGUAGGUAGAAAUGGGGUUAUGUAUCAUUCCAAAU